AAAUAAGUGGAUGUUGUCAUGCUUUUAACUUUUAAUUUUAAUUUGUCAUACGUGGACGUUUUUGUGUCAAAAUAGAAAUUAUGUUAUUAAAUAUCUACAUUUCUGUUCUUUAAAUUCUAGUUUAUCAAUGAGGUAAGUUAAUAUGUUGAAAGAGCCUGACCCGGACCCUGGAGGUGAGGCCUCUGGGCCCCAAACCUCCAGAGAAAUCAAGGAUUUGCAAGAGGAGAACGAACAGCAGCAAGUACUGAUCGCUCAACUUAAAGAGAUGUUGAGAAAAGAACAGACUACAGUACCCCAAGAAAAAGUGGAAAAAUAUAUAAACACCUUAAGCAAAGCCAAAGCUAAAAAAUCAAGACUAAAGAGAGAUGAUUCUGGUAGCACCGAGAAGAGUAGUACUUCUAUGGAUAGUAAGAAGCAUGAGAAAGUUAAUCUGUUAAAGCAACAAUUAGAGGAGAACAAGGCAAAACUAGCUGAAAGAGGCAUGCGUCAGAAAGAUCUCCAGGAAAUGGUCACAGCCAUUAAAACCCAAUUGAAUGACACUCAACAAAUUAUUAAUGCCACACCAGCUGGCCUCAUCUCAAUAGAGAAAAAUCUGGAAUACAACAAAAACACGAGUCCUGAAGAGUUGUACAACAUUUUGUUAGUUAAAGAAAAGAAGAUCACCGAGUUGUUUGAAAAAACACACAAACAAGAAGGCACUAUUUUGGAUUUGCAAGAGAAUCUAAAAGAGAAAGACCAAGUAAUAGAUGCCAGGACAAAAGCCAUAACUCUAAUGACUGAUAACCUGAGUAAAAAGGGAAAGGACACAUUGGAUGCUUUGGACGAAACCAAAGAACAGAUGAGGAAGAUGCAGGAAAAUUUUAUAACAUUAGAAAGCGAAAUGAAAGCUCGGCAGAUGAUGCUGCUGAACGAUUUAAAAAAUAAAAACAUCGAAAUAACAGAAUUGCAAGAAGAAAUUGAACAGGUUAGGAAAGAAAAGAACGAAAUGUCUAAGAGUAAUGUAGAAAAACCUGAAGCGGAGAACCACGAACUUAUUAUUAAAGAUCUUCAACAAAAAUUUGCAGAUUCGAAGAAGCUAAACGAAGAAAAUGCUUCGAAAAUAAAUGAUUUAGAAUCACAACUUCAACAGACUCAAGAAAAAAGUGGACAAUCAUCGAAUUCCGAAAUAGAAAAGUUGAAGAAGCAACUGGAGGAGAGCAAUAAAAAUAUGAUUAAAGUAAAGGCACAGAACAAGAGCAAGAUUAAAGAUUUAAACAAAAAAUUGGAUUCCUUUAAGAAAAUGAGCGAUGCCAACGCCACAAUUAUACAAUUACAGAACGAUAUAACAAAAUUGAAUGAGAAAAUUGCUGAACUGGAAGAAGAAAAAGGUAAUAUGCAGUUGAAGAUGGUGGAAUCUAUUGAAUCACUUAAAGGAUCUUCCCAAGCCGAUGAUGUUAAAGAAUUGCAAGACAAAUUAGCAAGAAAUUCUGAAGAACUGGAUGAAAAGGACAAAAUCAUAAGUUUAUUGGAGAACGACAUUAUUUCUCUGAAAACAGAGAUAACAAACUUGGCCGAGAAAAAUUCCAGUCUGACUGACAUACAGAAUGAGCAAGUGACGUCUGAAAUUCAGUCCAUCCAAAUCGAAGAGCAGUUCGAAGCCUUGCAGAGAGAAAAUAGUAAUUUAAAAGAAGAAAUUAAUAACAUAAGUAAACAGAAUAAUGAACUUCUUGAAAGGAUCGAAGAAUUUAACAAAGAAAAAGUGGAUUUAACGUCGAAAUUGGAGAGUUAUAUUCAGGAAAACAUGGAGCUGAUCGAUAAACUGGAAAAACUGAGUGCAGAAAAGGUCUCAUCAGCCGAAAGCAUUGAGAUCGUCGAAGGAUUAACCCAACAAGAAAAACUAGAGCUGGCAGCGUACCAGAAACAAAUGGAAACAAACUUGGAGGAACCUAUAAAGGUAUCGGAAGAGGAACCACCGGCGGAACUGAACGAGAGCGUGCUACAAUUAACCGAAGACUCGGCGGAACUAUUGAGUAAAAUCGAAAUGUUCAAUAUCGAAAGGAAAGAGGUUAUGAUGAAGUUGGACGCACUGAGGGAAGAAAACAACCAGUUGUCCUUGAAGUUAAACGAAAUAGAGAAUAAUAGAGACAUUUUAGCUGAAACAUACGAGCAAGUUCAGACAGAGAAGGAAGAUUUGCAGAAAGAGAAUGAGGAACUUGCCAAAAAGUUGAAGGAAUUGAAGGAUGGAAAGGUUGGUCAAAAUGAAAAGGUUGAAGAUAUUCAAGUAUCGGUCCAACUAGCAGAUCUUCAGAGAGAAUUCGAAAAGAUAUUGAGUGAAAAUGCAGAUUUAAAACAGACACUCAAAGAUUUUGACAAAAACGUUCACGAAAAAGACAAUUUAGAGUCUGAAUUAUCGAACGCGAAAGAAAAAAUGAUCGAAUUAGAAACUAAACUGAAAGAAAACCUCGAAGAAAUCAAUAACUACCAAAUAAUUAUCGAAGAAAACAAAACGGAAUUAAUUAAUUCGUCUAAUAUUAUUAACCAACUGCAAAUACAGCUUUCAGAGAGCGAAAACGACAAGAAAGAUCUUAAUGUUCUGAUAAAUGAUUUGAAUACCGUCGUGAACGAUUUACAAAACGAAAAUAUCAAACUAGGAGACUUUGAGAUCAUGGAAAAGCAAGUUGAGGAAUUAAAGAAGUCGUUGAACGAACAAAUUGAACUGGCGCAGUCACAAGCCGAAGACUUUAAAGAAGAACUAGCUUGGAAUAAACAAGAAACGGAGAAGCAAGUAGAAGAAAAGACGAGAGAAAAGGAAAAGUUAACUGAAGAGUUGCUGCACAAAGAUUCAGUAAUCGAAAAUCUUAAGGAUCAACUUAGAGAAAAAGAUGUACACGUUCACAAAGUUAUCGACGAAAUGAAACAAAAAUACUUAGGUUUGCAAGAACAGCUCGAUAAUAACUCAGUUACUUUGAAUAAACAGGACGAGCUGACUAGAAAGAACCGAGAACUUACAGAAAAAUUGAAGAAAGUCGCUGCUAACUUGAAGAAAAAGACUCUCGCUCUUCAGGAACUGGAAUCGAAGUACAACGACGAUAAAGAGAAAUGGGAAACGGAAAUAAAUAAGAAGGAAUUUAGCUCUGAUGAAGUGGUUGCUCUACAGACUCAACUUGAAGCUCUAAAGCAAGAGUUACAAGUGAAAUCGAAAGCGUUGGAAAACUCAGACAUUCAAAUAAAGGAGCUUAAGGAUGUUAUCGAGACGUUGCAACAACAAAACGUAGAUUUGCAGAAUAUGCUGCUAGAGGCGCGCCAAAAACAAGAAAAAGUAGCCGAAGUUAGCCUCAAGCAAGAAUUGUCUACAAGUCUACAUGAAGAAUUCGACAAUCUACACGGAAAUAACGAGUCAACAAACGAAGAUAAAGUUAAAGAAUUGCAAUUAAUAAUCGAAAUGAACGAGUCAGAGUUAAAUCACUUCAAAGAGAGAAGCCAAAAGUUGGAGCAAGACUUGGCCAUUUUACUAGAAGAAAAAGACGACUUGUUAGUGAAGUGUAAAGACCUACAUCAGCAAUUGAACUUAAUGUCGAAGAACAUUGAAGAAAAGAGCAUGCUAGAAGAUCAAAUGGGUCAAAAACUACAAGAAAUUACAACGAACGACGAAAUGCUCACUAGACAACUCGAAGAACUUAAAACCGAUAAUAAAGAACUUACGGAUAAAAAUAGGGAGCAAGAAGAAUUGAUACUUAAGUUUAAAGUUAAAAUUAAGAAAACGCAGGAGAAGAUAAGUCAGCUUAAAACAUUACAAUCUACUUUGGAAGAACAAGAAAAUCUAAACGCUGACCUAAAGAAACAAUUGGCGCAUCUGGAGACCACGCAGAAGCAUUCUCAACUGGAAAACGAUGAACUACAGAAGCAAAUGCAAAAGGACUACGAAAAGAUCGAGAAUGACUACCAACUUCAACUGGAAGGAUUGAUAAAGAGCCGGAAUGAACUAACCUUCGAGUGUGAAAAGCUAGAAGAAGCAGUCAAGUCUCUAAAAGAUAGAGAAGAAGAGUUGAUCUUAGAAAAUACCGAGUUUAAACAGAAAAUAGACGAACUCGAAACUGAUUAUAACAAUCAAAUAUCCAAGUUAAAGGAAAAUCUCAACCACGUUUCGACAAAUUGGGAAGAAUCCCUUCAAAAAGUUGCUACACUGGAAAGUGCUAUUGAUACUUUACAAAAACAAAUUAUAGUGGAUACAGCCAAAGAAACUAUAGAAGAAGUACUAACUGAAGCGAAGGAAAAGGUUGUUGAGUUCAAUACGAAAGAUACUCAAACUGAUGGUGAGUUUGAAGUUUCACCAAUUAGUAAAGAAGUUCCAAUUGUUGAGCAAUGUUCAGAAAAAAACGCUCAAGUAGAUAUUCCUGCGUUUAAUUGGGGCGACGAAUCCCAUCAGUCUUUACAAUGGGGACAAGACUCUCAGCAGGCCAGCAGCUGGUUUGAUGGUAACAAUUUCGAACCAGUUGCACCAGUACAAACUGCUCCUGCUCAUCAAAAAUUGGUAGUUACAAAAGAAGAUUUAGAAAGCAAGAUAAAAGCUUUGGAAAUGUUGCUAUACAAUGUAGAUAAAGAAAAGGAAGCUGUUAUUAAGGAAUGUUCCGAAAUGCUAAACGAGUUGACUCGAUUGGUCUACGAGAAAGUUAGUGCGCAAACUCCAAGCACCGUUCCACCGCCUCGUGCAGCGUCUGACUUGGACUUGGAGUCUCAAAUAAUGUCGCUAGAUCAAAUUAAGGCUGCGCAUGAUGCACGUGCACUACAAGAACUUGAGUUUGAAACUAGUGACGCUUCUGUAGGUCCUCGUUUAGAGCCAGUCGUAGAAGUCGUCGAUUCUCCGACCAAGGCUUAUUUAACGUACGAACCAGAGGCCCAAUUGUCUGACGUCGAAUCUCAAAUCAUGUCCCCAGACGCGAUAGAUGCGUUUAAAGAUCCCUCAGCGCUCCAACAACUAGAAUUCGAAAGAACUGAUCCAGCUUUAGGCCAACAGAGCUACCCAGUUGUGGAAAGACUGGCGCAACCGACAAAAGCAUAUCUAACGUAUCAAGUCGGCGAGGCAGUGGGAGAAAACGAUGACGGUUGGGGCUGGGGUCCCGAAGAGGCGAGACUAGAGGAGGAACAUCAAUAUAGGUCCGAGAAUACACCGCAGGUGCAAGCUUUGAAGUCAGAUAUAGAACAAUUAAGACAGAAAGUGGAGACUCUUUUGGACGAAAAAGAUGCUCAUUAUGAGGAAAUGAAGCAACUGCAGGUGAAAUGCGGUAAAAUAAUGAAGAAAUGCAAAGAUCUCAAGACACAAAAUGAACAAUUGUUAAAGAAGUCCGGCAAAGACGACUUUUUUGAUCUGGAUCAGACGAUUCAGGAAGAAUUGAAGUCGCAGAUACAGCAAUUGGAAAAGAAGAUAAAGGAAACAAGCGCAGAUUUAGAGAAGGAAAAGUUGGAGAAGUCUAAUAUACUAAAACGCGUUGACGUUCUUACAGCUGCAAAUGAAAAGAUGCUGGAGAUGAAAGAGAUCCAAGAAUCGGAAAUGUUAAAGUACAAACGAAAGCUCGAAGAGACGCAAAGUUCCUUUGGUUGGGGCGACGAGUUUCAAGAUACCGAAAUAAAGAAAAAAGAACCCCUAGUGCAACAAGACGAGGAAAGGGAAGAUGUAGACGAGCUCAAGAAACUUAUUAAAGAUCUGACUGCCGACAACGAAGAAUUACAAGCCUUGCUCGAUGACCAAAAAAACCAGAGAGUGCAAUUAGAACGCAGCAAGAGCCUAACCAACGAAACUAGAUUAAACAACUUGGAAGAAGAGUUGCACAAUAAGGAGGAGCUUAUUCGAAAUAUAGAAGAGGAAAGGGACCGAAUACUCGGUGAAAUUAAAAAAGAAAUUGACGAAAAAUCAAUUAGAAUUCAGGAAUUAGAAGAACAGAUGCACAAGUCGCAAAGUAAAGAAAAUAAAGCACUGGAUAAUACUAUAAAAGAAAUAGAAGAUAAAUUAGUACACAUCACAGAAGAAAAAACUAAAUUAGAGGAGGAUAUGAGGAAAAACAUUGAAUUACUGGAACGCUCGGAGGAAAAUUUGAGAAUAAUUCAUCACCAAAAUGAAGAACUGAAGAUUGCUCUAGCGGAGAAGACUAGAGAAUUAGAAAAUAACGCACAACUUGAAGAAGUCAAAGCGCUGUUGAUAGAAAAAACGGCUGUAGCUGAACAGUUUAAGUCAUCCAAUGACACUCUUCAUCAGCAAAUUCAAACUCUAAGUUUUGAGUUGGAACACCUAAAGAACGAAUUCCACAGUUUAGAAACGAAUAGUAAGGAAAUGAUUACAGACUUGAAAGCUCAAAUAGAAGAACAAGACGACGUGGAUUUACUUAUUCAAGAUACAACUCAACAGAGAUGCUCCAAUGCGCGAGAACUAGUAGAAUUAUUCAAAGAAGUGAAUUAUAAUCAUUAUAAAGAAAAGUUGGCGUACGAAGAAGCUGCUAAAUCGCGCGAGGAUAACGUGCAAGCAUCUAGUGAAUUAGAAAAAGAACUGAAGGAUCAACAAGAACAGUAUCACAAUCUUCAAAUAGCUACUUCGAAGAUUAUCCUCGAGUUGCAGUCGGAGCUGGAAGAAAGCAAACAAAAACUGGACCAAAUACAGAUUGAAAAUAGUUCCAAAUUAAACGAACUCACCCAAGAACUGGAAGAGUCGAAACGACGGUGCUCCGAGCUCCAAUUCGAACAGGAUAUCAAGGUUUCCCAAUCGCAAGACGUCGAUGAAAAACUGCAGGAAAUUGCGCGGAUACAAAGUUCUUUAAUAGAAAAAGAUUCCAGUAUUAAAGAGUUGAAGACGUUGAUCGAAGAGUUGCAGAAUCAGAAAGCUGGUUUAGAAGGGGAGAUUAAAGAUAUGAAGGACGGUUUGAACGAAAAGCAAAUUGAGCUGGAUAAAAUGGAGAAUGAGCUUGUUGAAAACAUUGCGAGGCUGGAGGAGAAAUGGGCGGCGCAGGUUGAUGAAAGAGGAAACACAGUCGCUGAAAGCUGGAAAUACCAUCUAAGCAUCGUGGAAUCUGACUUUGCCGCACUCCAAGAGAAACUUAAGAACGAAGUCAACGAGCUCGAAGAAAGGUGCAACGCUCUCGUUAACGAAAACAAUGAGCUAAGAAAAAAUGCUGACGUCGAGAUUAAAAAUGAGGUCGAUCGUAUUUCUGCUCUUCAGCAACAGAUCACUGACAGACAGCAUUCCAUUAAUGACUUAAAUAAACUUUUGGCCACCGAACAGAUGGAAAAAGCCGCCUUGGCCCAGCAGGUUUUAGAAUUGGAGAAAACACAACAACUAUUGGCUGAUAAAGAAGUCGAAUUCAUACGACUGAACUCUAAGUCAGAAGCAGUUCAACAGGAAUUAGAAGAGCAACACAAAUUCUUCAAACAAGUGAUAGCAAUUCUCGAAGAAAAUACCUCAUUCCCGCUACCUUCUGUAGAAAAAGAGAUACUGGACGAAUUACGCAGACAGUUGAAUCUCUCAAGUAACACCAGCCAAGAGAUAAAUUCACAAUUCGAAAACCUAAAUUCACAACUACAUAGUUACUACAGCGUUCUUCAAGAAAGAGACGCUGAAGUCUUGAAGUUAAAGGAAGAUCUAGCUCAGUUGCAAACUUACCAAACAGUUGCCCAAGAGAAGGAAACAGAAAUCUUGAGAUUGAAGGAAGAAAGUGCACAAUUACAGAUAUACUACAACACUAUUCAAGAUAAGGACCUGGAAAUCCUAAGAUUGCAUAAUCUUGUUAGUGAUUUACAAACACAAGUGAAUCAGAUCACAGAGAAAGAUGCAGAGAUUAUAAAUCUCACUCAAAAUGUUGAACAUUUGAAUGAUCAAUUUAAGCAAUUGGAUCAGAAAGAAGCAGAAAUUGUUAGACUGCAAGCAGUUGUAAACGAAUACAAGGAAACACUUACCAACAACGAAAGAGAACUUCAAAACUUACAAAAACAAUUAACUGAUACCAAUCUAGUUGUUGAAAAUCAGAAACAACAAUUACAAGACUUAAGUCAAGCCUAUAAUGCCCUUCAAAGCACUUUUGACGAAAGAAAUCAGCAAAUAUCGACGUUAAACCAACAAUUACAAGUCACUCAGAACAACAAAGAAGCUGAGAAUCUUGAAAAUGAGCUAACUCGCUACAAAGAUGAGUGUUUGAAACUUCAACAUUAUCUAGAUGAAUGCCAGCAACAACUUUUUAACAUCACUCAAGAUCUGGCUACCAAAACUCACGAAUACCAAACCGUUAGCCAACAAUUGGCGUAUUCGCAACAAAAUGCUGACUUACUCCAAGGCCAAAUAAAUGAACUGAACGAAACGUUGCACCAAAAAGAACAAGAGUAUUUGGUGUCAUUGGAAAACUUGAACAAGACUCGGUACAAAGAAAUCGAAACGCAUUAUGAAGAACUUAUGGCUGCUAGAGAUUUGGAUAUACAAACUUUAAGAGCACAAGUGGCUGAAUCGGUCUACAACGCAAGUGAGCAAUCUACUCUCAAAGCUGAAUUAGAAAAUCAAGUAAAGAAAUUAGAGGAACAGAUUGUAGAACUUACUAAUAUUACAGGAGAGCAGAAAUCUAAAAUAAAAGAAUUGGAAGAAAAACUUUCUGAGCAGACAUCUUUAUCUGAAGAAGAAACUAAGCAAUUGUCCGAAAUGCGGGCCAUCAUAGAAGAGCAGGUAGUAAAGAUAGAAGACCUGAAGAGGGAACUGUUCCAAAAGAGCAACGAUUACGAUAGUCUUAUAGCUCAAAUGGAUAUCAGCAGGAGCGCAAUAACUCAACAACCAGUCGCUUCCACUUCGAUCGAAGCACAAUCGUCACAGAGACCGCCCCUUCCGGAAGAAGAAUCUGAGCUAGUUAAUCGCGCCGAGCUGGACAUAGCUCUUUAUAUGUUACACCAAAGAGAUGUGCGCUGCGAAGAGCUCACUGUGGAACUGACGCAUCUGUUAGAAGAGCGAGAUACGCUACAACUGAGACUCUCUACUGCCAUCCGAGAAAAGGAGGAGUUGAGGAGGAAGAAUGCAGGUGCUGGAGCUACUUCAGACCCAACUACAUCUACCAGUGAUGAAUCUGGAAUGCCAAGAAGCAGAACAUCAGAAAUCUUCCUCGCAGCAUCCGGUACUGAACUAGCUAGUGAACCAGAAGAACAUUUAACAGUCAAACAAGAUCUUGCUAGCAAGUUAUCAGAACUGAAGCAGGUUGGUUAUAGGAAAGAUAAGACCUUUGUAGAUGAACAAGAGCUUCGCCGGCUUCAACAAAUGUCCAUAAUGCAACAGCAUAUUAAGGAAGCUUCCAAAUUACCGCCAGAAGCAGCUGCCAAAUUAGUUGACGCUAGCUACACACUUUCUCGAGACGUCCAAAGUCCUUCCAAGGUUCUCCUAAACUGGUUGUGGGGUAGAAGUACGCCAAGAGUGAAUGACACAUAACAUUUGCACUGCAUGAAACUGACUUUUUAAUAAAUAUGUGCCUAAAUAUUUGUGUAAGGUACUAAGGGCUAGCUUGUGAGAUUAGAUGUAUCAGUAACCUAUGACAAAAAUUGUAAACUCAAAAUUUGUUCCUGUAAUAUUUGUUGAUAUUUUUGUUCAUUUAUUUAUUUAAAUUAAUAUCAUGUCAGGCACAGUAUUGUAUAAGCUGCUAAAAUGUUGGCCCUAGACCUUUACUUAACUUAGCUAAUGUAAAAAUAUGUUUAAGAAAAUGUACUAGAUGGAGUUUGUGUUGAAUGAUUGUCAAGGAUGGAACGAAUAGAUUUUUGUAUAGUGUGAUAUAAUCGGUUAAAAUAAGUACCAAUUUGUACAGUUUUAUCAUUUCAGAAUGGCAUUUAUCAAUUGUUGUUCCUUGUGAAUAAAUUUUUUACCAA